AUGAUCAAACGUACCUGUUCUACGUUGCUCAGCGCUAUACGUGUAGUUAGAACAGAAGCACGAGCAAUUACACGAUCCAAUAAAAGGUUAUUGCUUUCGAAUAAUUUCCCGACUUCAACAACACGCUUUUCAUUUAGUGCAGCUGUGCAAAAGGAAGGAGCGAAUGAAGCAUCGAGUUUCUCUCUGAAACAUAAAAAUUCAAGAUUAACAAGUGUUGAAUUUCUCACAAAAGUAAAGGAAUCGAUUGGUGCCUCGGAGACUGAAGACUUUGUGAUACCUCGACCUGCAUUUGAUGCUCUCGCUACUGAAUAUGAUAUAUUAUUAGAGGAAGUAGCUAAUUUCAAGGACAAAUACACUCGAGCGUUAGCUGAAGUCGAAAAUGUUCGUCGUCGUGGACAUAAGCAAACGGAAGAAGCAAAAGUAUUUGCUAUCCAAGGAUUCUGCAAAGAUUUACUUGAAGUAGCAGAUAUUCUUGAUCUUGCUGUGAGUACAGUAAAGAAGGAAGAAUUGAAUAACAAUAUUUCUUUAAAAAAUUUGUUCGAAGGACUGGAAAUGACGAGAACAGUAUUACAGAAAACAUUCGUUAAUCAUGGAUUAAAACAAAUUUCUCCAGAGGGUGAAAAGUUCGAUCCAACAUUUCAUGAAGCUGUUUUUCAAAUACCGAAAGAUAAAGCAAAAUUCGAGUCUGGGUGCGUGGCACAAGUAGUAAAAACGGGUUACGCUUUGCAUAAUCGGCCUAUUCGUGCAGCAAAAGUGGGUGUUGUACAGUGA